GUAGAGAAUAAGGAUGUUAAAAAAAAAAGGGACAGCUGGAUGUUGGCAAGCUGAGGACAAGAAGAAGAACAGCAGUCACAUGCACCGGGUUUCAGCGACGAGCGACGAGCUGAGGCGCAAUCAAUGCGAACGGCGGAACGAGCAGAGCAGCUGAGGUGGUGGACGGCGGGCGGCGGCGGCGUUCCUGAGGCAAAAGCGAGACGAGGUCGGUUUGGAGUCGGAGGCGGAAGAGAGCGAGCUGUGGAUGCGGAUGUACGGUGGUGCAGAGACGGGCGUUAUUGGUGGUCCCUACAAGGCUCGGAGGAAGAAACGGCUAUGACUUGUAUUUCCCAAGGUCGAAUUCCCUGUUUUCCCGGGGCGUGUCUCACACGCUGGUUGUCGGGUCUGGUCCCUCUUGGUAGCGCCCUGUGGAUGGAGAGGAUUUUCAGCCGGAAGGGGAAGAGGAGAGUGAGGGGCGAUAGAAGUCGUGGUUGUUUGACGGAGGAGAGCGAGGAGAGCGAGGAGAGCGAGAGGGCAGGAAACCCAGACAAUAUUAAGUUUGGGCCGAGUGGACCACCGCUGGAGUCUGGCUGGCCAACGGGAAGAGCGUGCCUUUCCUUCGAUGUCACGGCGGUAAUGCACGGAGACGCAGAGGCAAAUGAAAUUUGCAAGGCCAGGGAAGCGAUAUAACUUACAACUUACACAAGUAAUAGGUGC